AUGCAGGUCAUGAACAUGUUGCUCUUCACUCUGUGGAUUGUUAUGUCGCUGCUCAGAUAUAUGCGGACUGUCGCCAGCAUCUUCACCUUUAUAUUCUAUCGACCAAAGCCAGUCAAGGUCAAACCGACGUACACUGCCAAGGACGUCACUGUGAUAGUGCCAACAACUUUCAAGUCCGAGACGGAGUUGACGCAUUGUCUACGCUGCAUCAGCGCCUGUUCUCCGGCAUCGAUUCUGGUGGUCACAGCUGUAGCCAAUAUCAGCCUCGUCCAACAAAUCUGCUCGCUGAAGGCGUACAAUCGAGUACGUGUGCUCGGAGUCGAGAAACUCAAUAAGCGACGACAAAUGAUCAAGGCUUUGAAGCAGGUCAACACCAAGAUAGUCGUCUUCGCUGAUGAUGAUGUCUUCUGGCCAGCUCGAUACCUCGAUUACUUGCUUGCCAUUUUCGAAGAUCCUCGUACUGGUGCUGGUGGCACUCGUCAGCGAGUCCGCCGCAAUCCUGGUACAUUCAUCAACUUCUGGAACUUCCUUGGAAUUUCUUACCUUGAGCGUCGAGUCUGGAAUAACAUCGCGACCAAUGCCAUUGAUGGAUCGAUCUCGACUCUGUCUGGUCGCACUUCUGCAUACCUUACAGCAAUCCUGAAGAGUGAUGAGUUCUUUCACUGUUUUCUAAACGAUCAUUGGCGAGGCCAUCCUCUGAACACAGACGAUGACAAAUGCCUCACAAGGUAUGUCUAUUCGCAUGGCUGGUCCAUCACCAUUCAAUCGGAUCCUCGGUCUGUGAUCGAGACGACUUUGGAGGAUAACCCGAAGUAUAUCUCGCAAUGUCUUCGCUGGGCUCGUGCCCACUGGCGGGGGAACUUCAUCGUCAUGGAGAAUGAGAGAUACUGGCGAUCGUCGAAGUUCUGGUGGGGAUGCUAUGUUAUCUAUAUCUGUCAGUUCCAGACUCCAGCACUUCUUGUCGAUGGAUUAUUACUUGGCCUCGUCCUCGGUGCCACCUUAGGCACAUGCUGUCAACAGUGGGCCACAAUUGCUCUCGUUGUCUGGAUCGUCUUCACGAAGAAUGUGAAGAUGAUCCCGCAUUUCUGUCGAAAUCCACAGGAUAUGCUUUGGAUUCCAGCUGGCAUUCUCUUCAGCUAUAUACAUGGCUUCUUGAACCUCUAUGCUCUGCUCACCCUCACAAACACAACAUGGGGAUCGCAGAGCUUGGAGGCGCUGGAGGUCGUUCGUGCUGAAAACGAGGAAGUGGUUCCGCUACUACGGAAUGCCAUGGAUGAAGGCACAUUGUAUCGAGAGCCGGUUCUUGGUCGCGUGGUCGGAGACGACUACUUCUCUCCAGUCCGCAUCGACUCCGCUUAUGGUUCCAGGUCGACAAGUCCAGGAUAG